CAAUCCCUCCCUUCACACACACACACACACACACUCAGUCUGUCGCUCUCACAGACACCAUUAGCACGGCUCUGUGGUGGAAAUAGAAAGCUAGAGAUAAAGAGAGAGAGACAGGAGGAUCAAAAGAAAAACAAAGAGGGCAAACAGGUGGAAUUAGGAACUAUUCCUCAGACUACAGCAUGCAGCAGCGUUGGGUGUGUGUGGCUUUACUGGCCCUCCUGACUGUCACAUUGACGCUGGCAGAUGGUGGAAAAACAGAGAAACACGGUAAGAAAGAGCGUAAAUCGGAUUGUGGCGAGUGGCAGUGGAGCGUGUGUGUGGCUAACGAGGGUGACUGCGGCCUGGGCACCAGAGAGGGCACACGCACCGGCACCGACUGUAAACAGACCAUCAAAACCCAGCGCUGCAAAAUCCCCUGCAACUGGAAAAAGCAGUUUGGAGGUGAGUGCAAAUAUGAUUUUCAAGCUUGGGGAGAGUGUGACUCGACCACUGGAAUGAAGACGCGCACCGGUGUGCUAAAGCGAGCGCUGAUGGACGCUAACUGCCCGAACACCGUCAGCGCCACCAAACCCUGCGGCAAACCCAAGACCAAGAUACAAGAUUCACAGAAACCAAAACCGGAAGGAAAGAAGAAGGAGCGGAACCCGACGGACUAGAGGAGAAACUCCACCUGCAUCCUGAAGCUGCUCUCUUCUGCUCCUCGGGCAGAGACCGCAUGUGAGCCGCAGAGAUGAUGCCGGAUCUUAUUUACAGUAGAAUAUUUUUAGAUCGUUUGUAGCUUUAAUUUACAGCUCACGGAAUAAUACAUAAAUGAUAAAAGAAACAAAUGAAUUACUAAAAUCAUCUGCUGAAUCUUCUAACAUUGUACCAGCAGUAUCAGACAGCCCAGUUCACACAAAUAUGUUCUAAGAACGUUUUUAUAACAUUCCCAAUCCCAUUAGGUUAUGAAAAGUUCUGAAUUUUCUCUGAAUGUUCUAAACAUCCAGUUUUUUAAAUGUUUAAAAAAAAAACUUUCUCUUGGUUAUGCAGAUGUUAAGGGAUCAUUACAUUUGAUCAUUUUCCAAACAUUCCAAACGUUCUGAUACAAGAAAACAUUCCAUGAACGAUGUAUAAAUAACCCGAAAACUCUGAAUGAACGUUCUAUUAAUGUUACUUGAAGAACUUUUAUUCAUAACUUUGCCAGAUCAUUCUGAGGAUUUGCUGUUAGCUGGGCGCCUGAACAUCAGAGAUGAAUAAAAUGCGCAAUUUUAAUUCAUGAGUAUGCAUUGAAAUGAAACGUCCGCAUCAAACAUGAUGUUGAAUUAGAAUUUGAAUUGUAAUUUAUGAACAGAAAAGAUCCUUAAAUGUUCUUAAGUAAAUUGGGGGAAUUGUCCUUCCACUAAAAUGAAAUUUACUAAAUACAUAACAUUUAAAAUUGAUCAUUAAUAUCAUCUGAUGUUUCUGAAAUAUCCUAUACAUAGGACAUAUUUAUGGAUAAUACAUACUGAGAAAUAAAGAAAUGUAUCAAUUAAAAAUUCAAAUUAGAAUUCUGCAUCCUGUUUGGAACCACAAUUCAAAUCAAGUUUAAUCAAAAAGUUAAAUUCUCAAUUCAGCUCUGCUGGAGAAUUAAUUAAAAACACAACUAAAGUUAAACUAAUGCUUUAUAAAUGAAAUAAAGUCAUGAAUGUAACAUCACCAGUAUUCCAGUAAAUAAAGAUGUUAAUUAUUC